GAGGAGGUCGGCUCGGCUGCUGGUUCAGUACAGCUGUCUGCUAUGAGAGCUUUGAACAAUUAUUAGGACUGAAAACUAGCAGUUAGCGGACACUGUGAGUUUUAAAUAUAUGACUGACCUAUUUAUUGUUUCUAUAAACGGAUAACUACAUGGCUACGACAGGACGCCGGGACUCCUCAGAACGAGAAGGCCUGUGCAGCUCAGUGAAUCGCUACGGCUCCACAGACAGCAGCGGGGAGCAUGACCAUGAGAGUAACUGUCAUGGCAAAAACCACAGCAACCAUCGGUUUCCCACGGCGGUGGCGGCAGGUCAUUGGGUCGGGACUGAUCAGGAAGAGGAGGCCAUUCGCAGGAAGCUGAAAUACUUCUUCAUGAGCCCUUGUGAUAAAUACUACGCCAAGGGCCGCAAGCCUUACAAGCUGAUCCUGCAGCUGCUGAAGAUCAUUAUUGUCACAGCUCAGUUGGUGCUGUUCGGCCUCAGUAACCAGGUGGUGGUGACCUUCAAGGAGGAGAACACAAUGACCUUCAAGCACCUCUUCCUCAAAGACUACGAUGAGUCCACAGACGACUCCUUUGCUGUUUACACGCAGAACGAUGUCUAUGAGCACAUCUUCUAUGCCGUGGAUCAGUAUCUGGCCCUACCAGAGACCACAGUGGGACGCUAUGCAUAUGUCUACGGUGUUGGCGUGAACGGCAGCGCGCUCUCCCUCUGCCAACAGUACUACAAGAAGGGAAGCAUUGACCCAGCCAAUGACACCUUCAACAUAGACCCUCGCAUCAUCACAAACUGUAUAGGUAUCGACCCACUGUCGGUCCCACCAGCUCCGCUCACCAGCAACUACAAGAACUUCACACUCAAGUUCCACAAACUCAUUAACGUCACCAUAGAGUUCCAGCUGAAGGCGAUCAAUAUACAGACCAUCAUCAACAACGAGAUCCCAGACUGCUACACUUUUUUCAUAACGAUAGUCCUGGACAACAAGGCUCACAGUGGCAAGGUGAAGAUCCGGUUGGAAAACGAGGCAUCAAUAAAGCAGUGUAAAGACCCCAGUGUCUCUGGACAGGCUGAGAACUACACACGUGUAGCAUUUGAUGUCGCUGUGGCUCUGGUGUGCGUGCUGUCACUGCUGCUCUGUGGACGCUCCAUACUGCGAGGCAUCAUGCUGCAGCAGGAGUUUGUGGAGUACUUUAAGGAGACUCUGGAUCGGAAAGUGUGCUGGGCAGACCGGCUGGAGUUCAUUAACGGAUGGUAUAUCCUCCUCAUCGUCAGCGACAUCCUUACCAUCACUGGCACCAUCAUCAAAAUUGGCAUCGAAUCUAAGAAUAUGUCCUCAUACGACUUGUGUGGCAUCCUGCUGGGAACUUCCACACUCUUGGUGUGGGUCGGUGUAAUUCGCUACCUCACAUUCUUCCAGAAGUACAAUAUCCUGAUUGUGACACUUCGAGCAGCGUUCCCCAAUGUGAUUCGGUUCUGCUGCUGCGUGGCUGUCAUCUAUCUGGGGUACUGCUUCUGUGGCUGGAUUGUCCUGGGACCAUACCACGUCAAGUUCCGUUCCCUGUCCAUGGUGUCAGAGUGCCUAUUCUCCCUCAUUAACGGGGACGACAUGUUUGUGACGUUCUCCGAGAUGCAGGAGAGCAGCACUCUGGUGUGGCUCUUCAGCCAAGUAUAUCUGUACUCCUUCAUCUCCCUCUUCAUCUACAUGGUGCUGUCGCUGUUUAUCGCUCUCAUCACAGGAGCCUACGAGACCAUAAAGCACCAAACACAAGAGCCCAUCCACAUCACAGACCUGCAUGCCUUCAUAGCAGAGUGUACGGACACACCGAACUCUGGCAAGUUCAGGGGUCUGGAGACCUCGCCGUGCUCCUUCUUCUGCUGCUGUGACAGAACGACAACAUACGAGGAUGUCCUGUUGGUGAACUGAAGUUAACCUCAUUGACCUCAGAAGCCUCACUAUCCCCCCCUGCUGACCACAGGGAUACACUGCACACUCCCGACGCCAAGUAUCUCUGUGCCAUCAUGCUGUGUCCGGGGCUGCGGUCAAAUAGUCUUUUUAGGCUGAGGAAGGUUCCUGACUGAGUGACUGAGUGACUGAAUGACGAGGAAUAAUCUAUGAGGCAGCCAUGAUAAGAACUGGUCGCUAAUAAUAAUAAUGAUAAUAGUGAUAACUAAUAAUAAUAGUGCUCCACAAAGGCAGCAAAACAAAACAGACAAGUCAUAAAAGCAUCCUGUUUUUAAAGAAAACAGAUGAUGGUGUAUGAAAAUUAAUACAAUAAGGAUGCACACUUGGUAGUCCAUCGUCAGGACAUUGUAGCGUCACCAUGGCAGACCUACAUCUAAUAACAUUCAUUGUCGCAUAAUUCAGGAGCCAAGUUGGAUUCUCUUACCACCGCGGCCAUCUUUGACCAAGUCCUUAUGGAUUCUCCUUCACAUCUUUCCUUGUCCUCAUGACUUUUUCCAUCGAGGUCAAAGAAAAGUGCUUUGGAAAAUACUUUCUUUUGACUAUUUGACCGCAGCCUGGGACAAACCUCAUCUGAAAGAGGAGUCAUCAUCAGCUGGACCAGCACUCUGUAGAGAGAAUGUGUAACAACACAUUUUCUUUUUGGACCUCUGAAACUUGAGGGCUGAUGCCGGACUGGACCUUUCUCUGCAUGAACAAGACUUUGCAGGAUCAUGGAUGACUACUGCACAGCCAUUUCUCUGUUCCCUGUUGGUUUUUAAAACAAAACAGUAUUUUUUUUUCUUAUGUAUUUAAAGAUGCACGAUGUCGGACCAGGACCGAAACGGAUUGUCAGGAUGCUAAGUGGGUGCCAUGAUGAGGGCUGCGUACAUGGUGCUGACUGUUUUUAUCUUUUGAGUUUUUCCUUUUUAUAAUAUUUCAAAAUAGGUCAGCUUUUGAGGACAUGGCAAUUAUUCAUCUCACAAAACAUAUCCAGCAUCCUUUCUCUUACAGUCAAUUACUCAUCGCCAUCCUAUUGCUCCCCAGUAGUACACACAAGAAUCCACAAUGGGACGUGUAAAUCCAUACAGAAUGAGGGACAUAAUCCUUAUAGUAGUCUGUCUUUUUUGAGACAAUCAGGGAGACACUUUAUGACAUAUUGGAAAACAGGACCAUAAACAGUGUAAUGUUUCAGAUGUGAAAUUGAUUUGUUUUUCUCUCCCACAAGCUGCACCUUCAGUAUAAAGUUUCAGACAGCUUGUUUAGCUGCCGUUCUACUGCACAAGCAUCACAUUGCCUUUAAAUGUGGACACCAGUUAGUAGAUUGUGUCAUGUAUUGCAUUUAUCAGAGGAAGCAUCAGUAUAAUGAAGCUCUCAGCAUUGACUGUGGUUAGCUACAACGAGGAGAGCUGUCCUCCAGGCCCAUAUGCAUGUUUCUUUAAUGAAGCUAAAGUAUGUCAAGGAAAAAGAGUUCAUCCAUUACAAGGUAGAAAUGUUAGCCCCUUUUUUCAUUUCUAUACAACACUGAUGUCUGUAAACUGUGCCUGACUUGUUUUAAAGAAAAAUGACUUGAACUGCCUGACAAAGUGGAACAGGGUUAAGGGUAGCUAAAAAGAAGACAAUGUAAUGAUAGCAGAAACAUAUUCGUAGCUCUGUAAUAAUGUCGUGUCACGCUGAAUCACGUCAGUUUGCUGUCUUCGUAAUGAUGUCUAGAACUGUGGUCCAAUGACUGGAUCCUUUGUGGAUGCUUGAAUUUCUUUUUCUUUGUACCGCACAGAACGCACAAUAUCUGACGGAGUCCCACAGUCUGGACUCAGGGAGGUGUUUUUUGGGAGAUAGUUUAUUUUAUGAAGAGAAGAUGGGCCCAAUCCGAAUCACCGCACUCUCAUAGACUUUGAGGCGCGUUCCUGCAAAGUGUGUGAGGGUUUAGGGCUGUCACUGUCAAAUCAACAAGAUAUUUUGAGCCCUUUAUGAACGCUUUCAGUAAGUCAAGAUUUGUGCAGACUUUGCCUGAGAAAAUUAGCGGCAAUUCAUAGUGUUGGGACAUUUAAACACUGGCUUACCAGGGACAGGAGGGGCUGACACAUGGGUGUUGAGCCUGGCACAUAACAUUUACACAGAAACACUACAUUAAGGAUGUAUUGAUCCAUUAAAAAGCACAUGAAAUCAUAAGAAUGCAAGCAUAGAUUUUAUUACAUACCAAGUUUAUUUAUUGACAAAAUAAUAAAUUAACUAUUUGACAGUUACCUCUCAUCCACUCUGUGAGGCAAGAGCCUGAAAGCCGUUCAAAUUAGGGACCGACCCUUAAAGUACCUUGGCUGUUAACAAGGUAAAAAAUAAAAAGUCCCAGACCCACAAUUGUACCGUACAUAACAUUUUUUGGCAUCCUGUGGUAGCAUGCUGUGUUGCCACAAAGUGUUGCCAUUCCUAUUUACACUAUUUUGAACCCUUGCAGUCUCCUGCUCUCAUUUUUACCAGGUGACAUCAGUACAGUCCCUCAGGGUUCAGGGCUUAAGGUCUGCGGGAGGGGGACAUUGGGAUUGGGCCACGAUGUCUCAUCCAAACAGUGACAGGUGACUAAUAAACCAACAGGGUCACAUUAAAACUGAUUAUGAUAGUGGACUUUGGAUCUAGACGGCAAGCAUGUGCCAAAUGUGUCCAUUGCCUUAACUUUGAUUUUUCUGUCGUGCAUGUAUAGAUGAUCUAGUGUUAACUAGAUGUACCUUUCCUACAGUUUGAUGUUUUUAUACAAAUGAUUUGCACUUGAGAAAUGCAAAUAUAACAAUGUGAGUCAUCUUUGUGGUGUCAUAUAUAUAUUGCCAAUGUACUGAUUAAAGUGUCAAGGAUCAUCUUUGAUAUUAA